AUGCAUCCUCUUACAGGGCUGAUCCGAGUCCUUGCAAACCAGUGUGACGAGGGCCGCCCAGUAUGUCGACUCUGCAUCAAUUCUGAGCGAGAAUGCAGUUAUACAGACCAGGUCUUAUCUCAUAAUCGACAUGAAAGCCCAAGCAGUAUGGACAACCCAAGGCGCGAGGCCUUGCCUUGUAUCUUCCCUCAGACCAACAUAUCCCUGUCCAACCCACACUCUCACAGGGCACAGAAUGCCCAAAGUCACCAAGGACAAAGCUCCGAAGAGAAUAUCAACCUCAAGCAUAUGGAACUUCUCAUUCACUUGACCACAGACAAAGACGUCCUCAGUCUUGGCCUGACCGCCAACGAUGAACCCUCAGGCUCCGAGAUUGCCUUCGCACUGAAGACAGGUCUAGAGUCACCAUAUCUUUUGCAUCAGCUGCUUGCAUUUUCCGCCCGCCAUAUGGCAUAUCUUCACCCCGAGCGCUCAGCUGCCUAUCUCCACCAAGCUGUCACACUCCAGACCCGAGCUGCAUCACUAUUCACUGCCGUUGGCACGGAAGUCAAUCAAUCCAACUGUGUCGCUGUUCUUCUUUUCUCGUCUAUCCUAGGCCACCAUCUUCUUGCGGACACACUCGCGAAACGAGAUCGGGGCGGUUUGCAUGAUUUCAUGACAAGCUAUGUACAGUUUGUCGAGAUGCAUAGGGUUAUCCACACGAUUGCCAUGACAGCUUGGCCGCAGUUGAUGGAGUCUGAGCUUGAGCCUAUUCUCUCGUGGAGCUCACAGUUUACUGCACGGUCGCCAAGGGGCCCUGAAUGUCGAAGAGCCAGGGAGCUGAUAAUUAGCUCGAAACUGCUAUCAGAAGAGGAAAAGAGGACAUGUUUGAUGGUUAUUGAUUAUCUGCAGGUUGGGUUUGAUGCAGUGUUGGCUGACGAGGAACAAGGGAACCGAUUUCAUAUGCUUUGCACAUGGCCUAUGCUGGGUUCAGCGGAGUUCACCGCGUUGUUGGCCGCAAAAAUUCCAGAGGCUUUGAUAAUACUGGCAUAUUAUGCGUUGUUGCUUCACCAUGGGCGGCACCUAUGGCAAGUCCAGGACGCUGGAGCCUAUAUGCUAGGGAUUAUCACUGCCUAUCUUGGCCCGCACUGGGAUCAUUGGCUUGAAUAUCCGAGACAAAAGAUAAUUGAUACCAGCGGCACGACCACCACAAAACCAACAUCCGCCGGGGGCGACCAAACGCCAACGCCAACGCCAACCCAGAGCGGAAUGGUGGGUGACUGCACAAAAUUCUAUCUCGCCCAAAGCAAUGACAACUGCUACGAUAUCGCUUCUGUGGAGCGGAUUCUAAUCGCAGACUUGUAUUCCUGGAAUACAGCUCUCAAUGGAGACUGCUCUGGGCUGUGGCCAGAUUACUACUACUGUGUGGGACGAGCGGCCAGCACUACUACCACUACCACGGCAACAAAAGCGACAACAACCACUACCGCAAUCAAUCAUACCCCUACCCCGCAGAGUGUUCCGUCGUUGGCAGCAUUUUCCCCCGUGAUUGUGAGAAGCUUUGGCGUGACAUCUAGUUCCUCGAGCAUUCUCAUCACGAUUUCGGCAAGAUUCUCCCCAGCGUGCGGUUCACAUAUGUCAGUGAACACAAGAAGCUCUUCUCGGUUCUCAAACUCGGGUGAGAUCCAUGACCAAUGA